GUGGUGGCAGUAAGUAGUAAAGGUAGUGGUAGUGUAAAGUAUUAUUAAUGUGUUAGAGCUGUAGUCUAGUGGUCUUGCGGAAAUACAUUAUUUUGUCAAUCCAGAGGCCCCAUCGUCGGCCCUACCUACACAUUGAAUUAUACCAGCAGUAUUUGAGGACAUGUGUUAAACAGCUUUGACACUUUAGUAUGACUUUGUACUAGUACUACUACUACAACUUUUAAUACUGACAGUCUGCUAUUAGUAUUACUACGACGACGAAGAAGAAGUGAGGAUGACAAAAAAAAAAAAAAACUUUUUUUCUAUUUACCUCAGUAGUAGAGUAUUCAUACUUUAAACCAAAAACAUAUUAAAUAUUGCAACGUUUGAUACGGCAUUCUAAUUAUGUAUUAUGUUGUCAUGUUAAUAAAAAUAGUAUGACCGGAUAUGUUCAAGUUCGAAGGGCUACAUUUAUUAACUAAUGAUAACUAUAACCUGGGAGUAUUUCUUGGUCCCGGCUAUUACUUAGUAUCGCUAUUUGGCCAGUUUAUUUGAUAUCUUUCAAAAAUAAGGCUUCUUGAAACAGGAAUUUGAUAUUUAAAAUAGACGAAAAAAUCUUUAUGGCUACAGUAAUACUUUUAUAUCGAUAGAAAUUUGUGAAAUUGAAAUGAUAAAAAAUAGUGAUGGUUAUAUUGCAGUGUACGAUAUUUCUAACUUUGUUCUCCAAGAGGAGGUUUGUCGUUGAUCAAGCAGGCAAUUUAAGAUUUUACUGUUCCGGAUAAAACAUAGAUACCGGAUGCAUAAUAAGACCAUGUAAUAUUUUCCACCAUUGCACACUUUAGCAUGGGACACUGUAAACUUUUGACACUCAUUUAUGAUGGAAUCUGAAGAAUUUGAAAGCUUGCGUCCGAAGACUGCUAGGAACAUUUCUUCCCACGCCCCAUGUACAUAUGAAUCAACUAGGAGGCGCGUCGUUCCUGAAAAGCAAAGUGAUGCAAUUGAAGAGUCGAUGCAACAUGUGGACGCAAUACAGAAGCUAGGGCUUACUCUUAGAACUGAGGGCAAAACAUAUUUGGGAGAUUCAUAUCUUAGCUACAGGCAGUGAAGGAAAACAUAUGCCAAUAUAUAUUGUUCUUAAUGUAUGUGUUUUCAUGGCAAGUAGCCGUAACCCUCUUUAACAAACAAAUGGCAUAGUCUAAGACAUUAUUUACGAUUUACAGUAUUAUACUGUACCGAUUCCGAACUUUUAUAAGUUUUUUUUUAAUUUAAAAGCCAAGAUGCACUCCUACUCCCCAAUGAGCAGUAUCACAAUUAAAGCAAUUGUUUUAAUUUACGAAAAAAGGAUAUAUAAAUAUAUGUUUUUAUGACGGACAACGUGUUUAAAUCGAAAGAAAGGUGCAGAACGCACGGUAUUUCUGCCUUAUGAGACAGUUCAUCAGUGUAAACCUUUUAGGACUCACUAGUCACUUAAUAUUUGUGCGUUUUCUGCUAUUAAAUACACGAUCAUUUUUUUUUAUCAGUAAUGAUGUUUUUUUAUAAAUAUAUAAAAAAAAGCUGGACUGCAUUUGGUCAAAAUUUCUUUACCAACUUGCAUAUCUGACGCCCAAGUAAUAUUUAGUAAUAUUUAGUAAUUUAACAGUAAGAUGUUUAAGCAUUUCCUUUCAUUCAAAACAAGAACGUCCAGACAAAAGUGGAAAUGUAAAUCUUCACGAAGAAGGCAAAUCAUUAAUGAAUGCAUCCCAAGGUGAUGUCCAACAUGAGAAAAGAAGGGCGCAAGAAUUUGAGGCCAAAUAUAGAGAGCUGGUUAAAAAAGCUAAAUCUGAGUUCUAUAAACUUGAACAAGCCAAUUUGAAAUACAAGAAUGAUGCUAAGGUGUCUCAGGACAUAAUUUCUGACAAGGAAAAUGAGAUUUGCGUUGUACGAAAGGAGCUAGAGCAGGCCGAAUCGUUGUCAAAGAAUCUGAAUUCAAAAUUAAAAGAAACAAAAUCAGCAUUUGAAAAAGCACUGCAAGACAAAGAAAUUCUGCAGAAGGCAUUGUGCUCAUCGAGGGAAACGCUUAAUGGAAGUGGAGGAUCACCAGAAGAAGUAAAUCAUCUUCAAAAACAACUUGAAUGUGUCCAAGCACGUUUGAAAAAUGUCCAAGAAGAAUUAAAUGAUACAAAACAAAGCCAUCAGCAGUUACAUACGGACAGUAAACAUGACAUUCCGGAAUUGAGCGACCGGAACAGACCCACAAAGCUGUCGGAGCGCUACUCGGAGCUGUACGACAACCAAUGGACGGACGCCUUUGAGACGCUCGAUAAAGUAUAUGCAGACGAGAAGGAAUCUAUUUGCAGACUGAUCAGUAUCCUCUUGGAAACGAGCGCAUUCUGUAUGAAGCAAUCUCAGAGACAGCUAGCAAGGAUCAAGUCGGCUGUUAUUGCAUCUGAUGAUAAGGAUUCGUCACUUCCUGUCCUCGUCAGCAAACAACUCGGAGAUUGCCGUAAAGCCGUCGCUGAGACUUCUGGCAAAAACAUGAUACAGGAAUACAUAUGUCAAUUACGUCAGUCAACAUCCAGAACUGCAAAAGAUGCCGUAUGUGUUAAAGAUUUUGUAGAAGAAUGUUUCAACAUUUGCUGGUUGAUGAGCAUACACGAUCCACCAGUAGUCCUCGAUGAGGAUUUUCAGUCUGGAGGCAGGUUUGAUUCAGAAAUAUACAAGGCCUACACAAAGAGUGGUCCCACAAACGACUUUCUUGUGUGGCCCGCCAUGUUCCUUCAUAAAGGUGGCCCUGUGCUGUGUAAAGGCGUCGCUCAGGCUCGGGGGAAAAUACAACCAAUUCAUGACCCUAAACCUGAAUUAUCACGGAGCAAGACUAAGAAGCCAUCUUCCCACCACCUUCCAACCCCAGCGACGGCGCGUCCAAGCUCUGCCAGGUCGUCAUUGAAGCGUCCUUAUUCUGGCAAUCUAGAGUGAGGAAUGGAUCGGAAAAUGACUCCGGUAUGAAUACGAAACCGACAGUGCAACAUUCAUCAUCCAGAAAGCUACCAGUUGCGCAAACAUUUGAUCGCGAUGAACAUCAGCAUUAUAUGGACAUACCACAAGAUAAAAUAACAACAGCAGAAGAUGUUAACAGAUUGCUUACACUUUUGGCCAAAAAUAACAAUAGUUACUACAUAGUUGAAAAAAUCAUGGGUAAAGACAAGUUCAAAAAAUGUCUAGAGUAUAUUAAAAAAACGUAUGGCUAACGUGAACAUUCUGGGUCCGGAAUGAAUGACAAUUGUAUAAUUCACCUGUGUUUAAGUAGUACUUUAAUAUAUUUUGUUAAUGUUGAUGUAUGUCUGUGCUAAGAUAUCAGAAACUGCUCAAGUGUUCUGGGAUUUCACUAUUAAUCGUACCAAGACUGUUCUAACUGUACCCCUUUUCAAAACUAAGUACAAUUAUCUUUUAGAGAGUAGCUUUUAAUGUAACUUGUCAGUUUUGGUACUGGACCUUUUGUUCUUGGUUCAAUAGUAUUUGCGUUUGAUGUUUUAUUGUAUUAAUUAAUAUUUAAUUAUGCAUUGUAUUUGUAUUUGUUUGGCAGGUUUGAUUCAGAAAUAUACAAGGCCUACACAAAGAGUGGUCCCACAAACGACUUUCUUGUGUGGCCCGCCAUGUUCCUUCAUAAAGGUGGCCCUGUGCUGUGCAAAGGCGUAGCUCAGGCUCGGGUGAAAAUACAACCAACCUGUACUUUUCGUGAAGUUUCAAUGUGGAUGAACCCAUUUUUUUUAAAUAAUUGAAAUUCAUGACAUAUUUCGUUUUAUUGAAUCAUCGAUCGUACCAAAU